CAAGAAAAAAAAACGUCACCCAGGCAAAAAUCUAUCCCAUAUGAUCAGUUCAGUCUGUGUUUCCUCUUUCCGCGGGCGAAAGUCUGGAAACAAACCUCCUUCCAAGUCAUGUUUGAAAGGAGAUAUGGGCAAAAACGAGGAGAGCGACAAAAUUGUCAUCAAUGUUGGGGGCAUUAAACAUGAGACGUACAGGAGCACGCUCAAAACUCUGCCCGGCACCAGGCUCUCCUGGUUAACUGAGCCGGACGCUUCCAGCAAUUUUGAUUAUGAUCCUAAGACCGACGAGUUCUUCUUCGACCGGCACCCCUCCGUUUUUGCCUAUGUUCUGAACUAUUAUAGGACGGGCAAGUUGCAUUGCCCGGCGGAUGUGUGUGGGCCGCUCUUCGAGGAAGAGUUGGCUUUCUGGGGCAUCGACGAGACGGACGUGGAGGCAUGUUGCUGGAUGAACUACAGGCAGCAUCGAGACGCGGAAGAGGCGCUGGACAGCUUCGAAACCCCGGAGCCCGACGACGAGGAGGACGGGGACCUCAAAAGACUAUGCCUGCAGGAGGACUCUGGAAGGAAACUGGGCUGGUGGAAGAAACUCCAGCCCAGAGUCUGGGCUCUCUUUGAAGAUCCCUAUUCAUCUAAAGCUGCCCGGUACGUGGCGUUUGCAUCUCUCUUCUUCAUCUUGAUAUCCAUCACCACCUUUUGCCUUGAGACCCACGAAGCUUUCAACCACAUGGUGAACAGGACGGAGACGAUCGUCACGGGCAACAUCACCAGCGUGGUGGAGGACGUGGAGAUUGAGACGGAGGCGUUCCUCACCUACGUGGAGGGCAUGUGCGUCGUCUGGUUCACCUUUGAGUUCCUGAUGCGCAUCCUGUUCUGCCCCGACAAGAAGGAGUUCAUCAAGAACACGCUGAACAUCAUCGACUUUGUGGCCAUCCUCCCCUUUUACCUGGAGGUCGGGCUGAGUGGACUCUCUUCCAAGGCUGCCAAGGACGUCUUGGGUUUCCUGCGCGUGGUUCGCUUCGUCCGGAUCCUGCGUAUCUUCAAGCUCACCCGCCACUUCAUCGGGCUGCGUGUCCUGGGCCACACGCUGAGGGCCAGCACCAACGAGUUCCUCCUGCUGAUCAUCUUCCUGGCGCUCGGGGUCCUGAUCUUCGCCACCAUGAUCUACUACGCCGAGAGGAUAGGGGCCGACCCCGAAGACAUAACGGGCAACAGGCACACCAGCUUCAAGAACAUUCCCAUCGGCUUCUGGUGGGCUGUGGUAACCAUGACAACCCUGGGCUACGGGGACAUGUAUCCGGAGACCUGGUCCGGGAUGUUGGUGGGAGCUCUCUGCGCCUUGGCCGGGGUGCUGACCAUUGCUAUGCCGGUCCCCGUCAUAGUCAAUAACUUUGGCAUGUACUAUUCCUUGGCUAUGGCCAAGCAGAAGUUACCAAAAAAGAAGAACAAGCACAUUCCCCGCGCACCCCAGCCGGGCUCUCCCAACUACUGUAAGCCUGACAUCAAGUCCCCACAGAGGAGUGCCCAAGGUGACUCCUGCCCUCUAGCCCAAGAGGAGAUCAUCGAAAUAAACCGGGCAGAUCCCAAGCAGAACGGGGAUGCCGCCAAUGCUGCUUUGGCCAAUGAGGAUUGUCCUACCAUUGACCAGGCCCUUUCGCCAGAGGAGAACCAGCCGGUCACGCCUGGAGGAAGGGAGAGGUACGCCCGGGACAGAGCCUGCUUCCUGUUGACCACCGGAGACUUUGAACACUCGUCUGACGGAAGUAUCCGCAAAGGCUGUGUAAUUUCUAAGGUAGGGACAUGUUACGAAAAGUCGAGGAGCCUAAACAACAUAUCUGGCAUGAGUGGGAAUGCGCUUCGAUUGUCUCCUGUCACCUCGCCAUUCAACUCACCCUGUGCACUGAGGCGACCCCAGUCACCCAUCCCAUCCAUCUUGUAGCAUGGACAGAAAAGAGUGGGAAAUAUUUUUUUAGGG